UCUUCAACAUGGCGGGCGAAUCCGAAGGAGAGCAGUGUUUGAAGGCAAUAAAUGCCCUUGAUCUGGUCAAACUGCGAUCUGUUUUGCAUGAUUAUAUUGAUAAGCAUCAGUAUGACAGUGCGUUAUUCUGGGCGGACAAGAUUCUCUCCUUAUCCAAAGGUGAGAUCUUGGAUAUCUACUGGUAUGGCCAGACCAUGUUCCUGACGGGCCAGUAUCACAGGGCAGCACAUUUACUUGUGUCAAGGAAUCUCCAUAAAAGUCAUCUUGCAUGUCGGUACCUUGCAGCGAAAUGUCAUUAUGAGUGUAAGGAAUGGCAGGAAUCCCUGGACAUCUUGGACACACCAGAGGCUUCUUCAAACAAAUCAACCACGAAAAUCAAUCAAGAAUCAGAUGAUGGUGUACCUGUGAAAGGGAUGAAUGCCUCUAUAUGUCUCCUGAGAGGGAAGGUCUACGAGUGCAUGGACAAUCGCAAUCUGGCCGCGGAAUGUUUCCGAGAAGCUUUGAGACUGGAUGUGCAUUGUUACGAGGCAUUUAACCAUCUCGUCAACAAUAACAUGAUGUCUGCACAGGAGGAACGAGAACUCUUGGACUCCCUGCCAAUCAGUAAACAGUGUCCGGAGGAAGAGAUUGAACUCGUACGAUUUCUGUAUGAAAAUAAACUCAAGAAGUAUAAUAAACCCAGUGAGCUGGCCAUCCCUGGAUCACUCGACACCCUCCAUGAAAACCUAGAUGUUGUUGUCAACCUGGCUGAGAGACAUUACUACAACUGUGAUUUUAGAGAGUGUGCGAAAAUAACCUCAAUGGUGUUAAAAAAGGAUCCUUACCACAGUCACUGUUUACCAUUACAUAUUGCUGUGUUGGUGGAGCUACAGAAGUCCAAUGAUCUGUUUCACUUGGCUCACAAACUCGUUGACCUCUACCCGAAUAAACCUGUGGCCUGGUUUGCCGUGGGCUGCUACUACCUUGUCGUGGGGAAGAACGAGCCUGCCCGGAGGUACUUCAGCAAAGCGACGACGUUAGACCGGGUAUUUGGGCCGGCGUGGUUGGCGUUUGGACAUUCAUUUGCCUCAGAGAAUGAACACGACCAAGCUAUGGCUGCAUAUUUCACUGCUGCACAACUUAUGAAAGGGUGUCAUCUGCCUGUCCUCUACAUCGGUUUAGAAUACGGCCUGACCAACAACCCAAAGCUGGCAGAGAGAUUCUUCACGCAGGCUCUAACGAUAGCUCCAGAAGAUCCAUUUGUUCUCCACGAGAUGGGUGUCAUUGCCUUUCAAAACCAAGAUUGGCACGGUGCUGAGAAGUAUUUCCUGGAUGCCUUGGAGAAGAUACAAGCUGUGAGCAGCGAGGUCAUCGCAGAAAAGUGGGAACCUCUGCUGAACAAUAUGGGACACACUUGCAGGAAAUUAAAAAAAUAUGAAGACGCCCUCGACUAUCAUCGCAAGGCACUCAUCUUAUCACCACAGAACCCCUCCACAUACUCUGCGAUAGGAUACGCCUACUCGCUCAUCGGUGAAAGUGCCAUGGCCAUAGACUAUUUCCACAAGGCAUUAGGGUUACGUCGUGAUGACACAUUCUCAACGACGAUGCUAACUAACUCUAUUGGACAAUUAAUGAACGAGAUGUCACCCUGUGAUGGGGCCGAAGAGACCAAUUCCAUAUUUGACGCGUCCACCUUGUCAACAUCAAAUUUUGACACUUCCACUACAUGUAUGUCUGCCUCAAAUUUCGAGUCCUCAACUAUUUCAAUCGAAGGGAAUGACUGAUGGAAUGAGUUGUCUGAGCUGUCAGACAGUCUCAGUUUGGGGUGUCAAAUAUUUGUGAAAAUUGUACCACAUGACAUGUUUAUCAGUAAG